CGUCGUUUUGAUAUUGUUAUGCAGGUGGCGCUACGGACUCUGCGAAGAAGUGUUAAGAGGGAACGUUCGCAGAUCAUGGAUGUUUAAAUUCAAAGUACCAGUAUGAAGGUUACUACUUUUGACAUCUUCUUCCAGGCAUUGAUCCUAAUAUUAGACAUUCAUUUAAUUCACAGUGUGACUAUGGCUGUACCGAAGCGGGUGGGAGUUAUAGGGCAAAAAAACGUGUCUAUGGAGUGUGUCUUUGUCAUGGGAGACGAAGAGAGGUUUUCUGCAUUUACUUGGAGCAGGAAGCGAAGCAGCGAACAAGAAUUUGUGAAUCUUGCAGGCAAGGGCAGUGCAGGUCAAGUGGGGUACGACCCUGGCGGUUACUCUAUAAGGAACAGAACGGUCAUCAGCUUCAUUGGGGACACGUUCACCAUCACAUACAUGGAUGUUAGGCGCGAGGAUGAAGCUACAUACAGAUGUACCGUGAAGUACUACUUCAAUCGUAAUGUACUUACACACUCUGCGGAAAUGUUUUUUGAAGUAAAAGAGCCGUCAUUAAAUCCGUACAUAAUUGUAGGAAUUGUGGUUGGGUGCAUUGUUGCAGUCCUCUUGAUAGUAGCAGUGAUCAUAUGUAUCAGCUGCUGGCAUCUCGCUCUCGGCAUUGGAUUUGCUGGAGCCUGGUUUGGCUGUUUCAGGAUUGAAGAAGUGAACAAUCCUCGUGUUUGA